AGCAAUUUUGUUUUCAUUUUAAGUUUCUUUUCUCAAUCUAAAAAACAAAAGGGUUGCUUUCACCAUUGCCUUUUGUUUUGCAGGGCUCCAAUCUUUACUGAAGAAAUUCUGGGUGAUGAGAAUGGAGAGAGUGAAAUUGUGCAACCACUAGAAAAGUUUUUCUAGGCCAAAUAUUGGAUGUAUUUGAUUCCUCUUGGACUCAUUAGUCAUGAAUGCCAUAACCCAAGCAAUGAAUAUGCCUGAGGAACAGGCUACUGGUCAAUCAGCAUCACAAGCACAGCCGGCUGCAUUCGUGCAUCCAAUGCUGCAGUGCGUAGGAGAUGACAUUUAACUAUUUUGGGGAGAAAUACUGGCUAAAAUUUAUACUUUGAUUGGGUCUUGGAUUACUUUGAUUGGGUCUUGGAUUGAUCUUCGUAGGUUUACAAUUGCACAAAAAUGUUUAAUUUAUUUUGUUAGUGAAUCGAGUUCAUUUAUU